UGUUCCCGGUGGGCGGGAUUUAGCCCUGUGAAGACCGGUAGGAGACGAUUUUAAUGCGGGUAAAAUCUCUGAGAGGCCGAGGAGUAGAGGCAGCCAAGGCGUCCUUGAGCUGAAGGGACGGAAAUACCGGGAUGGACUAGAGUGGCAGCUGUAAAACCUCUGAAAACAGAUUCGUGAGACCCCACUGAUGUGGUCCUGAGGGGACAAAACCUCUCAAGCGGCUCCAGUUAGCCUGUUUAGGUGCCUGUUUAGCAAGGAAGUAGCACAGGAAAAACAAAAUCUUUACAAAGAGAUGUUGAAAUUUGUUCUGCUCUCAAAGAAAGAAGAUAUGUUUUCAGCGUUCAAAUAUUGUGCAAUAGACUACUUAUAUGAGAAUGCAGUUAAAAAGAAGCUUUGUGUAGAUGCUUUUUUACUUCGAAUCCCUUCAUGUUUAUAUCAAGAUGAAAAUUACACAGGCAUUAUUGAUAAUAAAUAUAGGAGGCCAUGGACAAGAGUCUCAGCUGUUUCAGUUUGGGGCAUGACUGAUAGCUCAGUCUUGGAUCAAUGGAAAGCAAGUCUCUUUCUGGAGGAUUUUCUUGAGAAAAAAACAGGCACAGAAAUGGCGACCUAUAUUAACUGUGACUUUGAGGAAAUUGUUCCAAGUUCAAACCCAAACUCCCAAACUGAAGUAGAGGAAGCCAGCAUGUACACCCAUAAGGACUACAGUGAAGUAUUUACACUUGUCAGCUGUUUAGAAAAAUGUCCAACACUUCAAGCACAGAACCAAGAUUUUUCUAUUGAUGAUGAAGAAAUUAUUUUUGUAAAUAACUCAGCCUGUAAAAAUCAGCUACCAACUUUGCAUACUUUGUUGAGUAGACUAAAAGUAUUUUUGGUAAAAGAUCCCCUUUUAGAUUUCAAAGGACAAAUCUUCAAAGAAGCUGAUUUUUCCAGGGAAUGUUUCGAUUUUCAAGGAGAUUGGAAAGAUUUUGUAAAAGAAGAUUUUCACAUGGACAAAGAAAACUUCUGUGUGGAGAAGCUGGAAGACACAGUAGGCUUAAAUGAAGCUCCAUCACUUUUGCUUGAAUGUGAAUUCUUAAUACCCACAAGCCCCAAACAAGAAACUAAUAUUCCUUCACUGUCAGAGCUGAAGGAAUCAUUAAACUUAAUACCAGAAAUAAUAAGUUAUGAAGAUGAAAAUGAAAAACUUUUCAAAAGAGAUAUCACUACCAAACAGGGAAUUGACAUUGAGGAUAUAAAAUGCAACUCCACAGAGAUUUUGGCCAUUCAAAGUCAGUGUGAGCCAGAAUGUAACAAAUUAGUAGAGUUAGAAAUGCCAUUAAGUCAUCUACACCUAACAAACCAACAACCUUCUUCAGUGAAUUCAUUAUGUACAGGACUUCAGACAUUUCCACUUUCUCCUGUUUGUAAAAUUAGUUUGCUUACUGCUGAAGAAUCAGCCAGCAAAUACUAUAAGAUGUGGCAGUUAGAAAGCUGCAGAAACUCUUUGAACUCAUUUUUGCUUAAAGUGCCAAAAACUGAAGCGCCUGACAGCCAAUAUUCAGUUACAGAUUUGAAAGAGAUAUUUUCUAUUGAAGAAGAAAGCCUUGUAGUUAAUCCUAUAAAUGCAGAUUGGUGGAAACAAGCAGGACUAAAUCUGAUAGUGACAGAAACUUUGGAACAUCUGAACACAAGUUUGUGUCAGGGUGACCUAUUGUCUCAUGAUACUAAAAUGGAAAUAUUUUUGCCUACAAAAGAACUCCAGUUAGAAUCAUGGCUAGAACAUAAAGGUUGUUCCUCACCUGUUGUCCUUGUUGAUGAGGAAUCCACAAGUGAUCAUUUAUCACUUCCACAAAAAAGUCCAUCUGUGGCAAAAGAAAUACCAGAUCUGUGUUUGUCUGAUGAAUGUGUCACUGUUAAAACACCAACAAAAGAAGAAAGACCAAAGGAUGAUCUAGAAAUCGUUGGUGGAAUAAUUGAAAAUAAAGAUUACUUCGAAUGUGACAACACGGUAUCAUUGACUGAAUCAUCUUCAUCUUCCAAAAUUGAAAAGUCAUCCUUUAAACAUGGUAAAAAAUGGGGACAUGAUUUGGACCCUUUGAAUGACUUUAUUAUGCUGCGAAAUAAAUAUGAGAUAUGUACCUCAAAGAAUGAAGUCACAGACAAUGGUGAAAAAGAUGAACUUCAAGAUAAAGAAUGUUCUUUGACUCUUCGAGGAAAAAGCCCAAUUGUUUGUAUUAAUAAAACCCUAGAGGUAGUCAAUCAGGAAAGGACUGAAGAUCAUGUCAUUGAAAUUCAGGCAUCGGAUAGCCAGUGCCAAGCGUAUUGUAUCCUAGAAGCUGCAGCUACUCCUAUCUUAAAAAACCUUGCAUACUUCUGCACUCUUCCCGCUAACUGGAAAUUUGCCACUGUUAUUUUUGACCAAACAAGGUUCUUCUUAAAGGAACAAGAAAAAAUUAUAAGUGAUGCUAUUCACCAAGGUACAAAUGAUGAAAGAGAAAUGACAUUCAAGCAUGCUGCUCUCUUACACCUUCUGGUAACAAUCAGAGAUGUGCUUUUAACAUGUAGCUUGGACUCAGCAUUAGGAUAUUUGUCAAAUGCAAAAGACAUCUACAAAAGCAUUUUAGGCUCUUACUUGGGUGACAUUUGGAGACAGCUGGAGAUUGUACAGUUUAUAAGGGGAAAAAAGCCUGAAACCAAUUAUAAGAUACAAGAAUUGCAAUGUCAGAUACUAAGUUGGAUGCGAAGUGAACACCGAAUUCAGGUGCUGAUUAUAAUAAGAAUGGACUCAGAUGAUGAAAAACAUUUACUCAUUAAAAUCCUUAGCAAAAUGGAAGGUUUAACUUUGACUGUCUUACACUCAAAUGAAAGGAAAGAGGUUUUGGAAUCCGAAGGUGUUUUAAAUGGUACAAGUUCCUGUGUAGUCGUAUACAAUCAACAUAUUGGAGCAGAUUUCCCCUGGAGCAAUUUCUCAUUUGUGGUGGAAUACAAUUAUGUAGAAAACUCCUGUUGGACUAAACACUGUGAAACACUGAACAUUCCUUACACGGCCUUUAAAGUGAUUCUUCCAGACAUAGUUUUAAAAAGAAACACCUUCCUAGAUAGAUUUGGUGGUUUUCCUUUGGAAAUUCAGAUUCCAUAUGUAUUUUUUGCAUCUGAAGGACUUCUUAACAGUCCAGAAAUACUUCAGUUGCUAGAAUCCAACUAUAAUAUCACACUAGUGGAAAGAUGCUGCAAUGAGUCAUUGAAACUCUUUGGAGGCACAGAACAUUAUAUUGUGGUUACAAUUGAUGAACACACUGCCAUACUCUUACAGGACCUAGAAGAAUUGAAUUGUGAAAAGGCAUCAGACAAUAUCAUUAUGAGACUGAUGGCAUUAUCAUUCCAGUACAGCUAUUGUUGGAUAAUUUUAUAUACCAAAGAAAUAUUAAACUCAGUGUACUGUUUUACAGAAAAGACACUUCAUCACCUAGCACUGAUUUAUGCUGCUUUGGUUUCAUCUGGCCUAAAAUCACAGGAACUGGAUGUAAAGCUUAUACUUUCCCCAGGAGUGGAAGAGACUGCCUUGAUAAUACGACAAAUUGCUGACCAUAACUUAAUGACCUCAAAGAGAGAUCCUCAUGAGUGGUUGGAUAAAUCCUGGCUUGACGUUUCACCAUCUAAGGAAGAAAUGUACUUGCUUGAUUUUCCAUGUAUUAAUCCAUUAGUAGCUCAACUCAUGUUAAAUAAAGGACCCUCACUGCUCUGGAUAUUAUUUGCAAGUCUUUGUCAACUUCAGGAACUCCUGCCUGAAGUUCCAGAAAAGGUACUAAAGCCAAAAGCAAAACAACUUGAAAGUCCUUUAAUGGGCAAGUGGUUAAACAAACUAUGGUAUAUCCAUAUCAUGGACUAAUACUUAGCAAUAUAAAGGAAUGAAUUGGCAUGUCAGCAGUGUGGAUUUAAUGUGCUCACAACCACCACAAUUCAAAAAAAGACGUCUAGUGUAUGAAAAAGUCCCUGGUAGAGCUGAUGGACAAACUCGUCUAAGGUUUUUUUGAGAGAAAAAAUAGUGCUAAUUGCUAUGUUCCAUUGUUUUUGAUGAUAAUUCAAUAACAGGACUUAGAAUUGCUCAUACAUUAGAUAAAAAAUAAUUGUUCUUAGAAGUUCUUAGUGUUUCUACAUUAUUCAUAAUAUAUGUUCUGCCCUAUAGUUUGCUUAAGUAAACUAUCAUAACUAGCGUUAACAGUUGUCAUAGGAUCCAAAUAUUUCCCAGAUUCACCUACACAUCUCAAGCGCUUCAUUUUUAAGAGAGACAGAAAACUCCAUUCUGUGUAACUAGAAGGGUUAUUUUGUUGUCUCUUAAGGGUCCACUGCAUCCCAGCUUUCCUACAGUGACCCCCUAAAAUGAGCCUUAGUCUUGGUCUAAUCCUUUCAGUUAAGGAGCUCACCACAAUCAACUCUUUACUUAAGAAAUAGUACUGGGAGACAAGUCUUUGUUGGAAACUGGCAAACAGUGGAUAAAAUGAGCUGUGCUUACAGAGCACUCCCAAGAGUGAUUGUCACAUGAUAGGUUGGGUUCGCCCAUAGAAGGCAGACCAGAAGCCACAGUAAAGCCUUCUAGUUCCCCUUCCAGACAUGCUAUCACAUGGGAUUGUUUGAAACAGCCUCAACUUCCCAGUUGGGUCUUAACAAUGGAAACCUUGCUUCUUUCUCUGAAAGGUUUUCCUUGUUCUCCUGGGAGUUAUUUGCCCCCUAGAGCAAUGCUGGUCAUGGUCAUGCUCACCUUUUGAUAGCUUUGAGUGGCUUUCCCCUAAGUUCCUAGGCCCAGUGCAAACUCUGUAGGCUUCAGUUACGGAUGGACAUGAUAUACUCCUUGCCUUGCCACUGAGUCUCAUCAAUUAACAGGAGAAUCAACACCAGGUCAUCUCACCCUUGUUUCUCACAGUCGGAGCCUGGUUAUUCUCCCCAAAUAAUAAACCCUGCCCUAAAACAAGGGAUCCAACAAUUUUAACAGAGUAGCCAGAGUUGGAGGGGAUGGGGAAUACAAGCUAUAGAAAUCUAAAAUGAGGACUGUCUUUCUGAAAAGGACACGUUUUUCUGUCUUUUGUUUUUUUACCUGUUAUAUUCUGAUUUUUAUUAUACAAGAGUUUUUCACUAAAUACGUCAUGUAAUUACUUAUUUAAAUUAAAUUGCUUAUUUGUUUAAAUUUAAUUUUAUAGAGUCAAAGUAUAUCUUCUCUCUUGAUUUCUGGAUUUCCUACCUUGCUUUUUAUCCUAAUGUUAUAUAAAUAUUCUAAUUUUUCUUCUAAUACUUUUAUAUUAACUUUCUUUAACCCACGUGGAAUUCCUUUGUAUUGCAUAAGACAAGUCCAAUUUUAUUUUCUUCCAUAUGAACUUUUAAAUAUUUUAACCAGUUUCCUUCAGGAAAUGAGUAAAAUAGGAAUUUGACUAAAUUUAUAUAUGAAUUUUAGUAAUACUACAUUUUAAUGAAAUUGUAAUAAUAUCCAGAAAUUUAUUUACACCCUGUUUUAUAGAAACCAGUCAAAUCUUUUAUCUCUUUCUUUACUUUUGCUAAAUUUAUUCACAAGGGUUUUUUUUAGUUUUGUCAUUAAAGUACAAAUGAGAUAUAGUUUCCAUUUUCAUUUUUAUCUAGCUAUUGCCAGUGAGGAAAAUGCUUAUUUUUAUUUUUCUAUAUAUGUAUAUUUUGUAUACAGCCAGCCUCCCAAAUUCUAUUACAAAUUCACUGUUUCUUCUACUAGAGUCUCAUGUUUCCAAAGUGUACAAUUAUAUAGUCCAUAGGUACAGAUAUUACUUCUUCUAAAAUGUUUAUACCUUUUUUUUUUAACCUUAUUGCAUUAGUAAGACUUCCAAAGUAAUACUGAACAAAUGUGGUGAUAAAAGUACCCUUGUUUUGUUCUUAAUAUGCUGAAUGUACCAACAUUUAUCACACAGUAUAAAAUUUGCUAUUGGUUUUGAUUAUCUAUCAUCUUUAAUUUCUUUUUAUUCCUGUUUCACUA